AUGAUCUCAAGCUAUGUUAGAGUUGUAGAAAGCAUUAAUGAGACGGGCAGUAAAAGUUGUGAACAAAGAAAAGAAACAUUAAAACAGAACCUGCGACGAAUACCCAGCUCGCAGCUUAAAAGUUACACUUGUGCAGAUAUAUUUAGAGGGUCGCAUGUGCGAUGUGAUAUACCGUUGCAUUCGGCGCAUGGUGUAGAGUUGCUUGGUUAUUCACGGAUUGGGACUAUACAUUUGCCUCGAAACCGAUCCGGCUCAGAUCCAUUUUGCAUACUUGGAGCGCGUGAAAUUUUAUUUACAGAUUCUCAGAGUGUAAGUAAUGCUUCAUCAGACGAUUCUUGUGUUGAGUGUACAGAUGCUUCACAAAAGACAAAAACGAGUCUAAGUCUGUCACAGACCAAAAAUCAAAGCUUACGCAUUUCCCCUAUGUCCUAUGAUGGCCUUAGCUUUGAAAGCAUUUGUCGAGAUACCUCUAGUCUUGACUGCGUCGAAGCAUUAGAUAACUGUGACACAUCUUCAAAACUAUACACAGAUAUCAAUAAUAUAAGUGAAGUUGAACUUAAAGGAUUAAAGACAAUUCUUUGGUUAGAAUUAGCUACAAUAUUUGAUCGUAACCAAGUGUCUUUGGAUAAAAGAAAGCCCUUUAAACGCCGUCGCAAAGAAGAGGGUAAUCUUUUUGGAGUAUCUUUAAAUGCUCUAAUAAGACGGGAUCAGCAAGUUACCGGCACUGAUUCUACAUUAGUUCCAUUAUUUUUGGAAAACUUGAUAGCCGAACUUGUACAACGUGGGUCUAGAGAAGAAGGAAUACUACGAAUUGGUGGACAUAAGCAAAAGACUGAAAUACUUUAUAACGAAAUAGAAUCAACAUUUUAUAAAAAACCUAAAAAUGUAGCCCUGCUUUUGGGCACAGCUACGGUUCAUGAACUUGGUGCCCUGCUAAAACGAUGGCUGAGGGAACUUCCCCAACCUUUAUUUACCAAUGAACUUAUACAACUCUUGUAUCAAUGUCACACACUUCCAACAAUGGAUCAAAAAAAUGCAUUAUCAAUUAUAUGUCAGAUGCUUCCCCCUGAAAAUAGGAACACAUUACGUGCUCUGCUUAGAUUUUUAAACUACAUCAUUGGUCUAGAAGAUAUAAACAAAAUGAAUUUGCAUAACGUAUCUACAAUAAUUGCUCCAUCUUUUUUCCCACCACGUUAUUUACACAUGAGUGAUAAAAACAGCAUUGCAGAGCAAGUAAAAGUGGCUGCACAGUGUUGCCUUUUAACCAACGUCUUAAUCUUUCUUGGCGAAAAACUCUUUCAGGUACCAAAUAAUAUAAUUUUGGAAUCCAGAAGGAAAACGGGCGUCAUCGGCAAAGCAAUUCAA